UUAUCGUAUAGAAGAGCCGAUUCUUUGAGAAACCACCAGAACAAAUCGGUCGCUCAGAACAACUUACCAAUCGAAUAGAAGAACAGAUUCUUUAUGAAAACACGAGAAUAAAUCGGUCGUUUCUCUCUGUAUAUUCUUCUCUUCUGCCCCUCUACGGGAAUUCAUCAGUCGGACCAAUCAAUCACUAAUGGAAGAAGAAGAAGAUGUGCAGCUACCAAUCGGGAGACCCUCUCAGUAUCCAUACACACCCUCAAUAUCAGAGCAAGGCUCAGGUUUGGGCCCCGUCCCGGGUCCCAUGGUAUCCGCAACCUUGGGUCGGGUCAUGACCGCUCUCCUCAACGCUAAGCCAAAAAAACUCCAAGACUCCAUUUCCCGUCUCCACUCUCCUCCCAAAAUUGCCGCCUCAGUUACUGCUUCAUUAGAAGAUUCGCUGUGGUUUCUUCACAAGUACAUAGGUGAUGCUGGGAAGAAAAAUGAGGCAUUGGACCAAGUCCUCAUUCCCAUGAUUGAACAUUUGUUGAGAGCAAGAGACUUGAAGCACGGAAAUCAGGCUAUGGUACUUCUGAACUGGCUGUUUCAGGAUGACAUAUUAUUCCAAUAUACUGUAGGAAAUUUAGCAGGAAUUAUAAUGAGAAGGGAUGAUCGUUAUGUUGCCCUUGGAUGGUGUAUUCUUGGACGCAGUCUUAUAGAGUACGAGAAUGCUGUGAAAAAUAUUGCGACUGAUGGAAUAAAGAAGAAGUAUAUAGCAAUGUUGAAGAUGUUCUGUUCAUGUGUUACCCAUCUAUUAUCAAUAACUUGCAAUGGAAGCAAUUUGCAGGAGGGAUUUGAGUUGCCAACUCGCCUUUCAGUUGCUGCUGCUGAUUUCAUAUUAUCUCUUACGGUAGCAUUAACCGGAAAGGAUAUGGUGUCCAGUUCUUCAGAUAUCAGUAAAAAAUCAUCCGUUCUUAAUGCAAAAAAUAGACCUAUUGCUUCAUUAUCAGUUGAUACCAGUGACAGAGAAGCAAAGACUUUGAGCAAAGCAUCUGAAUUGCAGAGCAGCUUGGAAAUGAAAUUGUUGCUUUGGGAUCAUCUGGAUCAACUCAUGAUUCUUGUGCAGAGACUUACAGCUUGGAACAGAAAAAGUCAGCCUUUGCACGCUCGAGGAUUAGAGAAAGUAUUUAAGUGGUUGCUGGAAACCAAAAAGCAUUAUGAUUGUUUUCAAAAUAGAGCAGACUUGGAGAUGGUGAAGACUGGAGCAUUGCUUCUCUCUUCUUGUUGGAAACAUUAUGGUGUGCUCUCACACUUGGAAGAUAACAACUCUGCUCAUCAAUAUAAAGAACUUUUGGACCAAUACCUGUCUGGGAUUCAGUUCUAUGCAGAUAAUCAUGCUGAAGAAUCUAGUUCGAAUAAGGACAGCGGAGUAGAGAUCAUAAAGUUCUUCCUAAAUUGUCUUUCCCUUUUAUUGGGCCGUUUAGAUGACAAGAAAUUUAGAACUGCAAUGACUGAUUUUGGAUCUCAGAUAUCUCAGGUUCUCAUGUCUCAGCUAAGCUGUGCCGACGAGGAAGUAAUCGAUGGUGCAAUUUGCAUAUUCAAAGCAGUCUUGUUUAGGACGAACCUGUCUAAAAGUAAUCUUGAAGACAAUAGACAAAUAGAAGCCAUUCUACCUUCACUCCUACAUCUUUUGGAUGAGAGAGAUGCGGCAGCGAAAGCAGUUGUAAAUCUUAUUGCAGAAUAUUGUUCUAUAUGCCCAGAUGGUUGGUGCCUGCAAGAAGUACUAAAGCGCAUUGAUUCUGAAAAUGUUGCACAGAGGAUGAAUGCUGUUGAUGUUAUUUCAGAUCUCAUUCACAUAUCAUCUGGGUCUGUUAAUGUGCUCUCACAAGAAAUGUGGCAAGAUAUUGCAAACCACUUGUUAGGAUGCCUCAGAAAUGAAAAUUGUGCUAUUCAAAAUCAGGCGUCCAAUUUGAUUCCCAUUAUUGACCCUGCAUUAGUAUUGUCCGCACUAGUUGGUCUAUUUUUCUCUGCACAAGGGAAACUGCAGCUAUCUGCGAGUAGUACUCUCAUGGCCUUGCUUAUUAAUCAUAGACAAAAACCUGAAGUUGUGUGCAUGCUGCUCGACUGUCUUAGCAAUCUCUGCCUGAACCCAGAUCCUGCAGUUUCUUCUUCCGGUAAUGAAGACGGGUCAAAGGUCGAUGCUGAUAGGCUGCUGAAGCUGCUGCCAGAAUGGGCAAAAACGGUUGAAGAUUGGGAUGUAAUGGUUGGCCCCUUGAUAGACAAGAUGAUAUCUGAACCAUCGAAUGCUAUUACUGUGAAGUUUCUGAGUUAUAUAAGUGAUUAUUUGGCUGAAGCUUCAAAUUUGGUCUUUCAUCGAAUUAUCUUGCAUACAAGAGGGGAGAAAAUAGUCGAUGAGAGCUUUUCCAAAUGGCAAGGCAAGGAAGAUGCAAGUAAUGACACCAUGAAAUGGGAACAUUCUCUCUUUAGUCACCUUUGCCCACUUCUGAUAAUCAGACUGCUCCCUCUAAUGUUGCUUGCAGAGAAAGGAUAUUUCAGCUUUGAGGGUACUGAGUGUGUUGUUGACCUUCUGAUAAACAGGGCCUUGAGUAAGUCUGAAUUUGAAGAUGUUCGGAAACUCGCAGCUGAGCUAUGUGGGCGAAUUCAUCCCAAUGUUCUAAUUCCAAUGAUGUCCUCUCAAUUGGAAUAUGCUGCAAAUGCUAAGGAUAUAAUAAUGAUAAAAACUUGUCUAUUUUCGGUUUGUACAUCUCUAAUGGUCAGAGGCAUUAAUGUGUAUAAGCACCCUGAUUUGUUCCGAAUAAGAAAAACAAUUCAGAAUAUUCUAUCAUGGUCAUCAGUGGACGGAGAUGAAAUUUCCAAAGCACAACAUGGGUGCAUUGAUUGUCUGGCCUUGAUGCUAUGCACCGACUUGCAAGCUCCAAAGUCACUGGGAGUCUCAAACUCGGAAGACACUUGCCAUGUUGGAAAUGGCAAUAACUCUGUUGGUGAUGCAGCCGUCAAAGAUUCUGUACUGACAUAUGUGAUCCAUCAAUUAACAAAUGAGGAGGAGGAUUUCUCGUUCAAGUCUGAUAAACACGAUUAUAUAUCUAAGACAACAGUCCACCUCUCUUUUCGCCUAUGCAUGGCUAAUGUACUCAUUAGUGCCUGUCAAAAGAUAUCGGGGGCUGGAAAGAAAUCUUUUGUUCGGAAAGUUCUUCCUCGUGUUAUUCAUUCUGCUAGGGUAAUGGUGGAGCCCGAGAUUAGGGUUGCAUGCAUCCAGAUUCUUUUCACAGCAGUAUACCAUUUGAAGUCUUUGGUUUCUCCAUAUUCAUCUGAUCUCCUCAGCAUUGCUUUGAAAUCACUUGGAGAAGGAUCACACAAGGAAAAAAUGGCGGGUGCCAAGAUUCUGGCAUCUCUAAUGGCGAGUGACGAAGAGAUUGUGGAAAGUAUAUCUGAGGGGCUACUCGAAGCAAGAACGUUGCUUCGAAGUCUAUCGGUAUGCGAUCCUUCGACGGAUGUUAGGCAAAUCUGCCAGCAACUUCUUGUGUGUUUAACUUCUACUUAAACUUAUUUUGUGCACAAUUUUCAUAUGUAGUCACUUCCACAUUACUGCAUAAUUGUGCUGUGUUAAUGUACAUAUUUUGGCAUGCGCAAGUGUGAAAGCAUUAGUCGAAUAGUA